ACUGUCAAGCUCUGUUAUCUUUUACUUUUUCUCAGAAAUUUUAAUCGCAUUCUAGCUCUGUUAUCACUUUUCAUUGCUCAAGGCUAAAGCUCACCCUUCUCAUUAAUUUAUUUCUUAUUAUUCCAUAAGAAUAUUGUAAACUUUUUAAAAAUGAAACCUAACAAAUCAAUUCCCUUUGACACAAGUCUCCUUGAUGUAUCCAUAAAUCUUCGCCAAUUGGAAGAAAUAUCCAAACAAAUAUCCAGCCGUGGUCAAGUGAGUGGACAAAACGAAGUGAUUUGGGCACUUAAAGCCCUCAAUCUAACUGAUCUCACAACUUUGGCUGGCGAUGAUACAGAAUCGAAUGUAUCACGUCUUUGUGUGAGAUCAGCAAAUCCAUUUCCACCUCACAUCUUAGGCAGUCUAGAACCCCAACUUAGAGAGAAUCUCCAUACUGCAGCAGUUUGUGUUUAUCCAAGUCGUGUAAAAGAUGCAUAUACAACUUUGUGUAAUCUUAAGAAACAAGAUAAAAUUAAAAUUGCUGCUGUUGCUACUGGCUUCCCAAGUGGACAAUAUUCACUUGAAACUCGUCUAAAAGAGAUUUACUUUGCAAUUGAAUCUGGAGCUUCAGAGAUCGAUAUUGUCAUCAAUCGACAAAUGGCUCUUUGUCAAAAUUGGUUUGGUAUUUACAAUGAGAUUUGUGAAAUGCGAAAGGUUUGUUCGGAUAGAGUUCAUUUGAAGACCAUUCUGGCUAUUGGAGAACUUGGAACAAUGGAAAAUGUAUACAAGGCUUCAAUGGUUGCAAUGAUGGCUGGAGCUGAUUUUAUCAAAACUUCAACUGGAAAGGAAGCAGUCAAUGCAACAAUACCAGUUGGAUUGGUCAUGAUAAAUGCUAUUAAAGAGUUCGAAAGAACAAAAUGUAUAAGUGUUGGUUUGAAGCCCGCAGGUGGUGUUCGUACGGUUCGUGAAGCAAUUACUUGGAUGACAUUGGUAAAGGAAACUCUAGGAAUGCGUUGGUUACGUCCAGAGAUGUUCCGUUUUGGAGCCUCAGGUUUGCUGGAUGAUAUUGAGAAGGUUGUGCGCAAGGGAUUGACUGGAGUUGAACAGUCUAAUGGAGCAAUUAGUGCUUACUGAAUCUAAUAACAUUUAAAAAUACGCUUUUUAAAGAUCCUUAUAUAUUAUGACAAAUAAAAAUG